AUUUGACCCUCGCGCCUCGCUGUAGUUUAGAACCCGGAAAUACAGCCGCUGUCAUUUACUCCUCAACAUGGGGUGAUUUCUAACUUAAUUCUGUUACACCAAAAGCCUUACUAGUAUCUUCUGAAACAUCGUUUUCGGCUUUGUCAGCCAUGGCUCACGACGAUGAAGAAGAGGAGCUGAUCGUGGAGGGGCCCAAAGAGGUGGACAUGAUCACAUCAAUACGUUGCCUCGGGUACCUGUCAAGCCUCAACCUCCUGGUGGCAGUGUGCGUCGGAAUGUACCUGCGCUGGGAGGUGACGAGCGAGCCCAUGAUCCUGGUCAUCUUCAUCCUCUGUCUUUUCGUCCUCGGCAUCGCCAGCAUUCUCCACUAUUACUUUGGCAUGGAGCAAGCCAGCUUGAGCCUCUUCCAUCUGUGGUUUGGCUUCCUGCUUGGUCUCCUGUGCUUCCUUAAUAGUCCCGCUUUGGAUUCCAAUGUCAAGGAAGUGGUUGCCAAUUAUCUCCUGUUGGCCAGCGUCAUCAUCAAGGUGGUGUGGGCCGCCACGGAGCGAAUAUGCCGCUCGAUUCGCUACAAGCCCGUUUUGUUGAAGUCCACCGAGUUCCUCGAGCUGCUGGGCUUUGCCAUCGCCAGCACCACCAUGCUUCUCAGCAAGUCAGUAGCCAUCGUUGGCCUCGUGGUGGCUCUGGGCGCGCUCAUCGUGGACUUGAGGAUGAAGUCCCUGCUGGCGUUGCCCAAUUUGAUCAGCUUCGCCCUGGUGACCUCGCUGGUGUUCUUCCAAGCCUUGGGCAUCGCCGCCAACCCUUUUGCCUUAGGGUGCUACUUGGGCAGGCUGCUGUGCGAGCCCGUGUUGGACGUGUACUUCAGCGCGCUGGGCGCCACCGAGCGUUGGAUGCCCGUGCUCACUUUGGGGAACAUGUGGAGGCGGCUGUCCCUCCUGCCGUUGAGCCUGCUGGAGCUGACCUUCAUCAUCCUGUCCGCUUUUAAGCUGGGCCACUUGGAAUUGUGGUACUUGGUGAUCCCAGGCUUCUGCCUCUUCGGCCUCUUCUGGUUCGUCUGCCACGUCAUCCUCCUCAUCACAGUUUGGGGCUUCCAUAGCAAGCUGAGCGAGUGCCAGAGAGCCUGGCGGGCGCAGCGCUCCAGCAGCCGCAGCUUGGAGCAGGUCAUGGCCUCCAGGGGCAUCCGACAUUUUUGCCUCAUUUCCGAGCGGCUGGUGUUCUUCAGCCUGCUGUCUACGGUCAUUCUGGCUGCGGUAUCCUGGCAGCCGGCCAAUGGUCUCUUCCUCAGCGCGUUGCUAAUUGUGCUACCUCUGGAGUCGAUGGCCCACGGGUUGUUCCAUGAGCUGGGGAGCUGUCUCGGGGGAACCUGCGUCGGCUACGCCUUGGUCGUCCCCACCUCGUACUGCAGCGCCGACGGCCAGCCCACCCUGCUGCCCCCGGAGCAGGCCCAGCGGUUGAACCUGCGCUCCACGGGCAUGCUGAACAACGUGCAGCGGCUCUUCUCGCACCACAUGAUCCAGACGUUCGGCUGCGACUACUCGGCCAGCGGCGUCAGCCUGGAGACGCUGCACGGCAAGUUGCGCAACUUCCUGGAGUUGCGGACGGCCGACGGCCCGCGCCACGACACCUACCUGAUCUUUUACAGCGGGCACACGCGCAAAGAAAAUGGAGCCUGGGCGCUAGCUGGAGGAGAGAGUCUUCCUCUUUCCCAGCUGUUGGAGUUGUGGAAGGAGAAGAACGCAGGCCACUGCUCACGUCUUAUCCUGGUCCUGGACACGGAAAACUCCCUCCCCUGGAUCAGAGAGGUACGUAGAGCAGACGGGGUCUACGUCGCCGUGCAAACAGCCGAGCUGUCGGCCGCGAGGCCCGACCCGGAAGCGGGCGAGGCCCCCGCGCUCGGGGACUUCACGUCCGAAUGGGUGGAGUUCAACUGCAACCCAAACAGCGACACGCAGUGGUCCGAGAAGGGCCGCGGCGUGGCGGCCGUUUACGCCGUGUCCAAACGCUGGAGCGACUACACGCUGCACCUGCCCACGGGCAGCGACGUGGCCAAGCAUUGGAAGACCCAUUUUCCCAAAGCCACGUAUCCCAUGGUGCACCUCUCCAACUGGUGCUGUGGCCUGAACCUGUUUUGGUUCUGCGGCAUGUGUCUGCGCUGCUUCCGGAGGUGCAAACUGGCGUGGUUCCCGCCUGCCAUUUUGGACACCGGGCAGGGCCUUAAACUGGUGCACUCGUAGACGGGACUUUCGGAGGGGGUGGGAACAUUUAAACACGUAUGUUUGGGUGAGGUCACGUCGCUCUAAAAAAUGUUGGGUAAAAAAAAAAAAAAAAUUUGAUCUGAUUAGGGAUAAUCCUAACUUUGUUGAUACUACACAAAGUUGGGUAAACUUAAAUACUUUGCCAAACCCAAAUGAUUGGGAUGUUUUGUUUAUUUCAACUCAAAAAGUUGCUUUGGUGCCUUUUUUGAUCAAAUCAGGUCAAGUUGGGUUUUAGUCUCAUUGUAAGACUAACAAAAGAGGAGAUUGCAGUCUUUUUUUUUUUUUAAUUCAUUUACAAAUAUUGAGAUAAUUCUAAUAUUUCAGAUUUUUUUUUUUGCUUCCAGUGCCUUAUUAAUCCUCUUUUGCACUCUUUGGCCUUUUUCUUUGUACAUAAACAUUUUUUAUUGAAUUAGGUCCAGCGUGCUCACAAACGAAAGCUGCUGAGAAUUUAUAGUAAUGCGGGGGUGCGCAAAAUGACCCGCGCUUUGAAAUAUGCGAUGUAACCACUUAGCUGUCACAAUCCAAAAAUGCCGACACGCUCAUUAUUUUGUUGUUGUCGUGGCGACUUAAAAAGAAAAAGAAGCUUUUCACCCGGCAACGCCGAAAGCGAGAAAGAAAAAUUACCCUAGUCAAUUUUGGAAGGUACUAUUUCUUUUCUGUUGCCUUAAAAGGAGCCCAUAGAAACUGUAUAUAUCUCUGGACUGUCAGAACAAAAUGUAAUAAAGUCAUUUUAACAUUCAUA